AUGUUAAUUCAGGCAAAGCUGCCUAGGAAUCUAUGGGCAGAAGCUAUAAAUUAUGCUGUAUGGUUAAAGAACAGAACAUCAACAAAAGCAUUACCUAAAAAGACACCAUACAAGAUGCCAAACAGCUCAAAACCAAACCUAUCCAAAAUACAUAAGUUUGGAUGCCCUGUCUUGGUGAAAAGAAAACACUCACCUAAACUCAAAUCAGUCAAGCAAGAAAUCUGUUUCAAGCCCGAGAAUGAAAACACACCUGGUAAUAGCAUGUUUGAAGGGGGAAACACAAAACAAGAGAAACCAGAUAAGAAAGAUGACUUACCAGCCAAACCACCUAUAUCUGCAUCCACGGAAACUAUCCAACCAAUAAAUGUUCGUCAAGGCCCUCCCACUGAAUGA